AUGGGUGCUUUUAGGGUGAGAGAGUUUUGGAGAAUGAAAUCUCUGGAGUUCUAUGGCUCCAAAGUGGCAGAAGAUCUAAAUGGGUUGAUAGAGGAGGUUUAUAAGUAUGCUCCAUCUAUGGUAGCAAGCCCUAGGGAUAUGAUGAAUAGGUUUGUGAUGGGAGUGUCUAAGCUAGUGUCAAAGGAAUGCCGCACGGCAAUGCUCCAUGAUGAUAUGGACAUCUCACGCCUUAUGGUAUAUGCUCAACAAAUGGAGAGGGAUAAACUUCAAGAGGAAAAAAUUAGGGAGAAAAAGAGGUCUAGGAUGGAUAAUGAUAAGUCUUUCCAUGAUGGAUCCGAUGGACAUGCUCGUUCUAGGAAUCGACAAAAGUAUUCUGGCCAAGAUUCUUUCAACACUUCUAGGUUCGACGAAGAGAAGGGUAGUGGGUCUCCAUUUCCCAAAUCUACUUGCUCCAAGGGUGGGAGGAGUCAUUAUGGUAAGUGCCUAGCUGGCAUGGAUGUUUGCUAUGGGUGUGAGAAUGAUGGGCACAAAAUGAGAGAUUGCCCGGUUCUUUAG